AUGACAACUCAAGUUCCUGCAACCUUCUCCUUUCUUCUUUGGACCCUGCCAGGGCAGGUUCUCCUCAGGGUUGUCUUGGCAAAAGAGGAAAUCAAGUCUGGGACAAAGUGUUCCCAGCCCAUGUUGUCCUCUGAUUUCCUUGACAAACUUAUGGGGCAGACAUUUGGAUAUGAUGCCAGGAUUUGCCCCAAUUUUAAAGGACCACCCAUAAACGUGACCUGCAAUAUCUUCCUCAACAGUUUCAGCUCUAUCACUUAAGACUUCCGUGACUACCAGGUGAAUGUCUUCUUGGGGAAGCAGUGGAAUGACCUAUGCCUGGCCUACAGACAAUACCCUGAUGAUUCACUAGAACUUAACCCUUCCAUGCUAGAUAUCUGGAAACCCAACCUGUUCUUUGCCAAUGAGAAAGAGGCCAACUUCCAUGAGGUGUCUGCCAAUGACAAGUUACUACACAUCUUCAAAGGUAAUGUGCUCUACAGCACCAGACUGACCCUCCUUUUGUCUUGUGGAAUGGACCUCAAGAACUUCCCCCAAGACAUCCAGACCUGAAUGAUGCAGCUGGAGAGUUUUGGCUAUACCAUAAAUGACCUCAUGUUUGAGUGGCUGGAAGAUGAUCCCACUGUACAAGUGGCUGAGGGGCUGACUCUACACCAGUUUAUCUUGUGAGAUGAAAAGGAUCUAGGCUAUUUUACCAAGUACUACACAACACAGGUAAAAACCCAGGGUCUUUAUUCUCUUUGAGUCAUAGGAGGACCUCCAUAUGAGAGAGUAGGGGGCAAGCAGCAAGCCUCUGUGUGCCAGAUGUGGUGUUAAGUGGUUCAUAUUCCUCAUCUCAUUAUGGUAGGGGUUAUCAGUCCCAUUUUCCAGAAAAGGAAAACUGAGGUUCUAAAUGGCUGAUUUAGAAUUCAAAUUCAGAUUGGUCUAAUUCCAAAGCCUGUAUUCUUGUCCCUGUCACAUGCUGCAGAAUAAAUGGGCCUGUGCCACUGAGUAAAAGGAAUGUUCCACCUGUCUUGGGGCCAACUUUGUGGGAAGGUAGGGAAUCUACAUCU